CCAUCAUCCACCCAUAGAGGCAGCCACAGGGUGGACCUAGAAGAGCAGGGCUGCUGAGCAGACAUGGCUGCUGCCUUCCUUUGGGACUUGAUUCAGUACCAGAGACUUCUUCUAAUGAUGCUUGUUUUGGGAAUUGGUGGGUCACUCCAGCUUGGCUUUCAAGGUUCGAUGAUCCCCUUCACUUCUCUGCAUGUUAAAACGUUUAUCAAUGAUACCUGGCUGGAACGGUCUGGCCAUCCUGUCCACCCCGAAACCCUCACAUUGCUGUGGUCCUUGAUUGUGUCUAUCUUUGGCUUAGGGGGACUCCUGGGCUCUAUGGCCAGUGGACAUCUGACUGCAAAAUAUGGAAAAAAGAGAUGCCUCCUGGGCAACAAUGUGCUCAUGCUGGCGAGUGCCUUCCUGGUGGGCUUCAGCAAGGUGGCCAAGUCCUUUGAGCUGAUUUUGGCGGGACGCUUCCUGUGUGGCAUCAGCACAGGUAUGGCUAUCCCUCUCCAUCCCCAGUACCUUGGGGAAGUUUCCCCUAAGAAGCUCCGUGGAUUUGCAGGUUCAACUGCCUCACUCUUUUGGAGCCUGGGCAAAGUCUUAGGUCAGGUUUUGGGACAAAGAGAGCUCCUGGGAAGUGCCUCCCUGUGGCCACUCUUGAUGGCCUUCAGUGGCUUUGCAGCACUGGUUCAGCUGCUCACUCUCCCAUUCUUCCCUGAGUCACCACCACACUUGUUCUUGCACAAAGGAGACGAAGAAGGAUGCUUGAAAGCAAUGAAAACACUUUGGGGGGAAGGAUCUCACCAAGCAGAGCUCGAAGACCUGCGUAAAGAGCAGGCUGCCAUCCAGAGCAGCCGCAGCAAAAGCGUCCUGGAGCUGCUGAAAGAGCCGUCCUUGCGCUGGCAGCUGUACGUGCUGGUCCUCUUGGUGGUGUCCGGGCAGCUGAGUGGCAUCCAAGCAAUUUACUUCUACAUGUUUGAAGUGCUGCACACGGCUGGCUUGGACAACAACGAAAUCCCCUACUUGUCCCUAGGGGUCAGCCUCAGCGAACUGUUCUCUGCUCUGCUUUGUAGUUUCCUCAUUGAGCGGGCUGGAAGGAGGGUGCUGCUAUGGGGAGGUUACGGUCUGAUGGCCACUGUGCUGGCUGCCAUCACCUUGACCUUCUCCCUGCAGCCAUGGUUCUCCUGGAUGCCGUACUGCAGCCUCACCCUGAUUUUCUGCUUGGUGAUCUUCUUUGGAAUGGGCCCAGUCAGGCACUGGUUCAGCACAUCCAGAGCCUCACCUGAUGAAGAUGGGAAGAAGUAGAGUUGUGUGUCAUCAGUAUACUGAUGACAAUGCACUCCAAAACUCUGGAUGACCGCACCCAAUGGUUUCAUGUACAUGUUAAACAGCAUGGAGGACAAGACUGACCCCUGAGGAACCCCAUACUGGAGAAUCCACGGGGCCGAGCAAUGCUCCCCAAGCACCACCUUCUGGAGCUGACCGGCCAAGUAGGAGCGGAACCACUGUAACGCACUACCUCCCACCCCCAACUCAGCCGGUCAUCCCAGAAGGAUGCCAUGGUCGAUGGUAUUGAAAGCCCCUGAGAGAGUUGCUUAACAUUUAUUUAUAUUGAUGUUUAUAGAGGGCUCUUCUGCUCAAGGCCUUCAAAGCAGUGCACAAAAUAAAAGAAAUGCAUCCACAAAACAAUAAAUUUUCACAACUGUGCUCUUUAAUUUGAGAGGAGGACGAACCCUGACCGCAACUGUACCUUCUGGCACGUUCAAAAUGCUCCAAUGCACGCAGUGUACAUGGUUUUGGAUUUUGAAAACGUUGUACCUGAAUUUCUUUGGCCAAGUACACACACAUAGAAAGAAAGCCAGCCAUACCCAUCUACAACAGCCCUGCAUAUGCAGAAUGAGGCUUAGCUGGCACUGGGCGGGCAAAACUAGUCGACUCCAAUCUCUUUAACACAAGAAUACGUCAUGACCACUUCUAGACACUACCUAAAACCUAGCCUCUUUCAUCCCCAAUUCUCUCCUCUCCACUCCUAACAAAGUGGCAGUUUGCACCAUGUCUUAAAUGGCAUUGCGCAGGUGGCAGAAGCGUGUCUGUUGAAAGCAAAAUGGUGGUUGCUGCACACACAAAAUGUGGUGGCAAAGCCUCACACGAUUAUCUUGAGAACAUAAGAGCCAUGCUGGAUUAAAGCAAGGGUCCAUCUAGUCCAGCAGUCAGCUGAAACUGUGACCAACCAGCUGUUGACCAGGAACCCACAAGCAGGAUAUGAGGUAACAUAGAGCCAUCAGGACUAGUAGCCAUGGAUAGCCUUCCUUCCAGGAAUUUAUCUAACCCUCUUUUAAAGCCAUCCAGAUUGGUGGCCAUCACUACAUCUUGUGGUAGCAAAUUCCAUAUUUCUCUGCACUAUGUGAAGAAGUCCUUACUUUUAUCUGUCCUGAAUCUCCCAACUAUCAGCUUCAUGGGAUGAGCCAAUUUAGUCUAGAAUUGUAAGACAUCGUUUCUAGUAUGCCCAGUAUUCUAGUAGCAGCAGUAUUGGCCUCUGUUUU